CGCAAAGGUGGUGCCCCGUAGGCGGCCAGGGAGAGGCGGGCUUGGCCCUCGGCGGCGGCGCUUCCUCGGCCUCUGCGGACCCGCGUAUCUCCGCCGCCCGGCCGGUUCCGUCCUGAGUCCUCAGGAACUGGCGGGUCCGGCGCCUUCUGGGACAUAGUUGGCGUUUUCCAAAUGAUACCUGAAGUACUACAACAAUGGUGCCAUCAGUUUUUGCAGAAGACAUUCUUACUGUAUCGACCUUUUUCUAGGACUACAGGUAAGAUUUUCUGAUGAAUGAUCCGUGUCUUCAGGAAUGCAAGUCACCAUGUAAAAAGAGGAAAGAUCACCACUGACCCCUUAUAUGUAUAAAUUGCCUAGACGUGUCCUUCACAUUCUGGAAGAGAGUGUUCCAGUGUAUUUCACAAUCAUCCUUUCAUGAUGGAAGCCAUCAGUUUGUCCCAUGGUUUAUUUUCUAGGGACCCAAGCUACUUUGAUCGUGAAAAGACAGAGAUGGACAGGAUGGUGUCCGACUGCCUGGCAAGUAGUUACCAGGAGUUAGUGACCUUUGAGGAUGUGGCUAUAGACUUCACCCAGGAAGAAUGGACUUUAUUGGACACAAAACAAAGGAACCUUUACAGAGAGGUGAUGCUGGAGAACUACCAGAACCUGGCCUCAUUAGGAUGUCAGCUCAUCAAACCCAGCUCAAGCUCUUGUUUGGAGACAGAAGAGUUUCGAGUAAUCGAGAGAGGAGUUCACCAAGAGUGGGCUAUGCGACUUAACACCAGAGGGACAAUGUUUCAGUUAAAAAUGUCAAAUGAGUCACAACUGUCAAAUAGCUACAAUGGAAAGAAGCUCUGUGACUUCAAGCCACCUGGAGAAAUCAUCAAAGAGCCUUCAUGUAGUCCGGCACACAUAGGUAUUGAAAACAGAGGAAACAUUUAUGAUUGUGUUCAGCAUGGACAAGCCUUUCCUGUGCACCCUGAGGAAGCCUCUUCUGCAGACAAAGGUCCUGAGUUAAGCCAGUGUGGAAAAGACACCAGUCUGACUACGAGUGCUGCUUACCAGACAACAUGCAAACCAGCCAAAGUCCUCAAAUCUAGUGAAUUUCAUCAAGCCCUUAAGGCAUGUGAAGACAGACUCUUUAAAUGGGCACAGUGUGGUGAUGCUUUUAACCCACCUAUGAGCCAUGCUGGGAAUGGGCAAACAUGCACUGGAAAAAAACCCUAUGAAUGUAAGCAGUGUGGGAAAAGUUUUAAAUAUUCUGCCAACCUUAAUAUUCAUAUGCGUACCCACACCGGUGAAAAACCUUAUGAAUGUAAGGAGUGUGGAAAAGCCUUUUCUAGGUGUUACCCACUAACUCAACACUUAAAAACUCACACUGAAGAGAAACCCUUUGAAUGUAAGGUUUGUGGAAAAUGCUUUAGAAAUGCCUCAUGCCUUAAUGAUCACUUUCGGGUUCACACUGGAAUAAAGCCCUAUAAAUGUAAGGACUGUGGCAAAGCCUUCACAGGGCGCUCUGGCCUUAGUAAACAUUUACCAACACACACUGGCGAGAAGCCUUAUGAGUGUAAGGAAUGUGGGAAAGCCUUCACGUCAACCUCAGGCCUUAUUAAACAUAUGAAAAGUCACAUGGGGGAGAGACCCUUUGAGUGUGACCAUUGCGGCAAAGCUUUUGCUUCUUCCUCAACCCUUAUUACACACUUGAGAACACACACUGGAGAGAAGCCCUUUGAGUGUAAAGUUUGUGGGAAAGCGUUUACAUGUUCCUCUUACCUUCGCAUUCACAUGCGGACUCACACUGGAGAGAAGCCCUAUGUAUGUAAAGAAUGUGGCAGAGCCUUCACUGAGCGCACAAGCCUUACCAAGCAUUUACGAACACACACUGGAGAAAAUCCCUUUGAGUGCAAUGUGUGCGGAAAAGCAUUUGCAUGUUCUUCCUACCUUCAUAAUCACAUGCGAACUCAUACUGGAGAGAAACCUUAUAUGUGUAAGGAAUGUGGGAAAGCCUUCGCUGUUUCUUCACAUCUAAGUAAACAUGUAAGGAUCCACACAGGAGAGAAACCCCAUAAGUGUGAGGAAUGUGGGAAAGCAUUCACUGUGCGUUCUGGUCUCACAAAACAUAUACGAACUCACACUGGAGAGAAGCCCUAUAACUGUAAAGAAUGUGGGAAAGCCUUUACUACAUCUUCAGGCCUCCUCGAACAUAUAAGAACUCACACAGGAGAGAAACCGUAUGAAUGUGACCAGUGUGGGAAGGCCUUUGCUUCUUCCUCCUAUCUUAUUGCACACCUGAGAAUUCAAACUGGAGAGAAGCCCUUUGAGUGUAAUGUGUGUGGGAAAGCAUUUACAUGUUCCUCCUACCUUCAGAUUCACAUGCGAACGCACACUGGAGAGAAGCCCUAUGGAUGUAAAGAGUGUGGGAAAGCUUUUGCUGUUUACUCACAUCUCAGUAAACAUGUACGAGUUCACAGUGGAGGGAAGGUCUAUAAAUGUAAAGGUUACGGAAUAGCUUUCAGUAGUUCUCAUCUUACAGAACACAUAAAAACCCUAGAGAUAAAUUCUUUGAUUGGAAGGAAUGGAGAGACUGCUUUAGGAAGUUCUGUUACGUUAGGAGUGCAUUCAAAUUCACGGUGGAAAGAAAGUUUAUCAGUAUAAACCAUUUGUAAAGUGAUUAUAUAAUAUUUGACUUCAAAGAUGUGAAACAAUUGAAGUUGCAUAGAUGCCUCAUUAACUGAAAAGAGUGGGACGUCAUCAGAAUGCUCAAAAUCCAGUUCACAUGAGCCCACUUUGAAGCUAUACAAUGUCAGAAAGAUGGAAAGCCUUCACUGUUUCAUAGAUUUUUUUUUUUUAUAAGUAUGGGAGAGAAACUCUUGAUACAAUGUGAAAAAUUGUAUUUCUGCUCAGUGCUUUGAUUACCUACAGUGCUACAGUGGAGGACUUUGGGAAAGUAAGAAAUGUUAGAAAGUAAUUAUUUACAUUAGUUAUCAACAUUCAGUAAGCGUGAAGUGAUUCACAUUUGGGUAAAUGUGUGUAUAGAAUAUGGAAAUUGUUUCUAUGUCUUAAGACCUUGUAUACUAGCAGAAACUUGGCUUUCUUGAUAGUUUUAUAAAUUUGUUUUGAUCAUUUUUUGCAUUUUCAAUACUUGAGAGAUAUUUUAAUAUUUUUCACUUAAUGACUUCCCAGUCUUAAUAUUGAUUCAAGAUGUACAAAAUUCUGUGGAAUAUAUAUAUAUGAAGCAAUUAUCAGAAUAAUUAAAAUGUGAUAUAGUAAUUUUGGUAUUAUGAAGCACUUUUUACUGCCUUAGAAAAUCCAGGUGGAGAACAUUGUUAAUUAUAUUCAUCAACUGCACUCUUAAGUUACCUUUCUUGUAACUGAAAGUAUAUAACCUUUAACAAUAACUCAUAAACAUUAACUCUUAGCUCUUGGUAACCACAACUACAUUUUUCUUCUGUUUGACUAUAUCCCCCUCUUUUAAAGACAGGGUCUCACUAUGUAGUUCUGACUGUUCUGGAACUCACUAUGUAAACCAGCCUGGCUUUGAACUCACAGAGAUCAUCUCUCUCCUAAGUACUAGGUUUAAAUGCAUACACCACUUCUCCCAGCUAUACUCCAUAUUUGAAUAUGGAUAAUGUAUUUUUAGUUUUUGUGCCUGGUUUAUUUUCAUAACAAAAUGUCUUUAGUUUUAUCCCUGUUGUCUUGCAUGAAAAAUUUUUUUAAAAAGAGGGUAGACAGUCUACUUUUUAUGCACACUCAAAAUUUUUGUAUGUAUGUAUGUCUAUAUAUAUGUGUGAUGUGUGUAUGCAUCUCUAUGAAUGUAGGCUCUACAAUGUGCAUGUAGAGAUGAGGAAAACUUUGGAUUUCAUACUUGAUUUCCACCUUAAGAUAGAGUCAAUUUCUCAUCUCCCCAGCCCCUAUGAUUUGUGUAAAUCCCCUUUCUUUACACAAAGGAACAUUUAGGUCAUUUCCAUACUGUAUUGUUGGAAACAAAUUGAACUGCUACAUUGAGCAUAGAUUACAGAUAUCUCUGUAAGCAAGCAUUCCUUGAGUGUAUGCCCAUAAUUAGUUUGUUGGAUUAUUUAGUUGGUGUAUAUAUAGUUUUAUGAGGAGAUUCAAUACCAUUUUCCAGAUAGUUCUACCAGUUUUUAUUCUAUUCAAAAUGAUAAUAUAUAUAAGCAUUUUUAUCUUUAUUAUUUAGAUGCCUUUUAUUUCUCUUAAUUGGCUCAACUUGCAGAAUUAUGAUGGAUAUAAGUUCCAAGCAGGGAUACUGUUGUUCUUGAUUUUAAAGAAAAAGCUUUGGAGGUUUCACUGAGUAUGUUGAUUGCCACUGACUUUUCAUACAUAUAUAGUCUCUGAUAAAUUUGUGUACAUCCUCUAUAUAUUAAAUUUGUUGAGAGUAUCAUGAAAGAGUAUUGACUUUAAAGUGCUGUUUAUUUUGUAACUUUCUGUAUGGUGAUUUACUUAUCCUGUUAUGUGUGACACUUGAUUAUUAUAUAUAAUAUAUAAAUGUUGCAUUAUAGGUGUGAAUCAAAACCUUGUAUAUAGGUACUUUAAAUGGAAUGAUUAAACUCAUCUGUCAAAAGACAGACAGACUGAAAGAUGACUUACUAGUUAAAGGCACUUAGCAUCAAGCCUGACAAUUUGAGUUUUGAUUCCCAUAAAACACAAAAUAGAGGGCUGGAGAGAUGGCUCAGAGGUUAAGAGCAUUGCCUGCUCUUCCAGAGGUCCUGAGUUCAAUUCCCAGCAACCACAUGGUGGCUCACAACCAUCUGUAAUGGGGUCUGGUGCCCUCUUCUGGCCUGCUGGCAUACUCACAGACAGAAUAUUGUAUACAUAAUAAAUAAAUAUUUAAAAAAAAACACAAAAUAGAAAGAAAGAACUGACUCCUGCAGGUUAUCCUCUGUCCUCUACAUUUGUGACACAUGAGCAUACAAAUAUACAAAAUAAAUAAAUGUAAAAAUAAAAGACAUAAGUCCACACAAACCUGCAAGCAGGUGAGAUACCUGCCUCCAGGCUGCACCCCCAGCACUGCUACCCACCGGAGGUUUACUCUGCUGCCCAACAAGAAUCUGAGCAUGCUCCCUGUUGCCAACACUUCCCCACAACCCAGCAGACUACACAGGCACAGGCACAAACCACACCAGUUGGAAAAACAGCAGACUACAUAGACAUAGGUGCAAACCACAACGGUUGGAAGAACCGGCACAGGCAAAACCCACAUCAAUUGGAAAAAAAGAUGUGUAAACACCGGUGUAAGAAUACAUUCAACACAGUUGUAUGGUUGGGGCAGACUGAGAGGCCACUGGCCGUGGCACCAGGAUUUAUCUCUACAGCAUGUACUGGCUUUUGGGGAUCCUAUUCUCUUUGGAUGUAUACCUU